AUGGCGGCUAGCAACAAGGACGCAGAGGGCCCCUGCAAUCUGGAUUAUAUUCGACAGUAUGUGACCCCCUUUAACUAUCCUUUGGAAAAGAUGAGCGAUAUGACGGAAGAAAUGCGUGCAGAAUGUAAAGAAAUUGUGGUGAACGCUAUUGAAAAGCAUGAGGGUAGCUACGAACUUGCGGCAAAGCACAUAAAGGAGCAGAUGGACAAAAAAUAUGGUGCUUCAUGGCAUUGUGUGAUAGGUGAAGGGUUUGGAUUUGAGAUCACAUACGAGAUGAAACACAUGAUGUACAUGUUUCACAAGGGCUAUGUAGCGAUCGUUGUUUUCAAGGGCCUCUAA